AUAUAUAAAGUCAAAUAUAAUAAAUAUAUUUUAUAGGUAGUUAUCAUUAUAUAUAUAUAACUACGUUCAUCAUGUUUGCACGAUUAAGUAGACGACUGCAGUCUACCAAAGCGCUUACGGUAGGCGAUCGUGUAGUGAUAUCGAAACGAGUCGAUAAAACGGAUAUCGAUGAUUUUGCUCGCCUGAGUGGUGACACUAAUCCCAUACAUUCUGGCAAUCGUCCGUUAGUGCACGGAAUUUAUUUGGCGGGUCUAGUGUCUGGGGUGAUUGGUACUAAGUUACCUGGUAAUGGCACGGUUGUCGUGUCCAAGAGUUUAAGGUUCCCAAACAAGUGUUAUGCCGGCGACUUAGUCAAAAUCGAAGUUGAAAUACAAACCAUAAGAAAGCUUGUGAGGUGUGGAUUUUGGUGCAGUGUCGGGGACAAGGUAGUCAUGGAAGGCACAGCUGACGUUAUCAAUAAACUUGUUACUAAAAAUCAGACGUGUAAUAAUAAAAUGUAAAAUUGUAAGUUAAAAACAAAAACCUGUGUUAUACCCAUUUUUCAUUUCCAGAUCGAUUAGUUUAAUCACUUUUUAACUGAUAAACUUUUAAAAUAAAGAACGAAAAUUUAUAUUUUA